GCUAUACACGAAUAUAUCAGUUGUUUACAAUGCAUUUCAAGGACGUCUGCAAAAUACUAUAUAUAAGACAUUGUGAAAGCCACCGCCACGAUAAAAUCUUCUAAGCACAAAUUAAACCCGAAGACAGAAAUUGAUGUAAAUUAGCGAUCAUCAUGGCGAAUGAUUACUUAAUAUCGAAAUGGAGAAUGUGGUUCAAGUCUCUUGAUGUAAAACAUGAUGGUAAAAUAGAACGAACGGACGAGAAUGAGGUUGUUGUCAAAUUUGCCCACUUACACCACCUUGAAGCGGAGAAGAAAAAGGACAUAAUGAAGCAGUUAGAUACCUGGUGGGAUGAAUACGUCUUCCGACAGGGACCAGGCCCAAUAUCAGAACAAGAUUUCGUCGAUAUGCAGAAUGAUGACUUCAAGGCUGACAAGGAAAUUUUUAAACAAAGAAUGGUUACAUGUAUGAAGACUAUUUUUGGUAUUAUUAAUAUAAGCCAUGAUGGUUUAAUGACGGAACAGGAAUUUGUAAUUGCCUUUCGGUCUGCUGGUCAUGAAAAUAUUAAACUCGAUACUGAUUUAUUCAACGCGUACGGGUCCGUAAAUGGAAAAGUUUCCGUCCAGAAAAUAUGCGACUCGUGGGUUCACUUCACAACUUGUGAAGAUUCUUCAGUGAAAGAUAUUGUCAAGGAUGCGUAUGAAGCCGGUGUGUAGCUUUGUUAGAUUACAUACUUUAAUUCCGAUAGCUCAUUAAUCAAUUCGUUACAUUGAUAAACAGACUAUGUAUAAUUACUCUGAUCGCAAUUUAUCGAUUGCACUUUCAUCGUAAUCAUGUGGAAACAAAUUUAAAUGCUGAUUGUCUUAGUAUUUUGAAACAUAGUGGUUUAUUUAAAAUUCAUGUAUAUUUCCAUUUGUAUUGAAUGUGUAUGUAUGACCUGCUUUAGAUUAAGGUGAAUAAAAUUCAACAUGGUUCAA